AGAAUUGUUGAAGAAGAAUUUUUUUUAUUUUGUUUUUGUUUGUUUUUAAUGGUUUUACAGAAUCUUAAAUAGAAUACAGUUUGACAUGAUGGCAAAAAAUGUUGGUUUGACUUCCUCCAGUACAGAACUAAGAGGAUUUAUAGAUCAGAAUCUCAGUCCAACAAAAGGUAACGUUUCAUUUGUAGCAUUUCCAGUUUCCAGCACCAACUCACCAACAAAGAUUUUACCAAAAACCUUAGGACCAGUAAAUGUGAAUGUUGGACCCCAAAUGAUUAUAAGUACACCACAGAGACUAACCAGUUCAGGAAGUGUUCUGAUUGGGAGUCCAUACACCCCUGCACCAGCAAUGGUUACUCAGACACACAUAGCAGAAGCUACUGGCUGGGUUCCCGGUGAUAGAAAACGGGCUAGAGAAUUUAUAGACUCUGAUUUUUCAGAAAGUAAACGAAGCAAAAAAGGAGAUAAAAAUGGAAAAGGCUUGAGACAUUUUUCAAUGAAAGUGUGUGAGAAAGUUCAGCGGAAAGGUACAACAUCAUAUAAUGAAGUAGCUGAUGAGCUGGUAUCAGAGUUCACCAAUUCAAAUAACCAUUUGGCAGCUGAUUCGGCUUAUGAUCAGAAGAACAUUAGGCGAAGAGUUUAUGAUGCUUUAAAUGUGCUAAUGGCAAUGAACAUAAUUUCAAAGGAAAAAAAAGAAAUCAAGUGGAUUGGCUUGCCUACCAACUCUGCUCAAGAAUGUCAAAAUCUGGAGAUAGAGAAGCAGAGGCGGAUAGAACGGAUAAAGCAGAAGCGGGCUCAGCUGCAAGAACUUCUCCUACAGCAAAUUGCUUUCAAAAACCUGGUACAGAGAAAUCGGCAAAAUGAACAACAGAACCAGGGCCCUCCAGCUCUGAACUCCACCAUCCAGCUACCAUUUAUAAUCAUCAAUACAAGCAGAAAAACAGUCAUAGAUUGCAGCAUCUCCAGUGACAAGUUUGAAUAUCUUUUUAAUUUUGACAACACCUUCGAGAUCCAUGAUGACAUAGAAGUACUGAAGCGGAUGGGAAUGUCCUUUGGCCUGGAGUCAGGCAAAUGCUCCCUGGAAGAUCUGAAACUUGCUAAAUCACUGGUGCCAAAGGCUUUAGAAGGUUAUAUCACAGAUAUCUCCACAGGACCUUCUUGGUUAAAUCAGGGACUACUUUUGAACUCUACCCAGUCAGUUUCAAAUUUAGACCUGACCACCGGUGCCAACUUACCCCAGUCAAGCGUAAACCAAGGGUUAUGCUUGGAUGCUGAAGUGGCCUUAGCAACUGGGCAGCUCCUUGCCCCAAACAGUCACCAGUCCAGCAGCGCGGCCUCUCACUGCUCUGAGUCCCGAGGCGAGACCCCCUGUUCAUUCAACGAUGAAGACGAGGAAGAUGAUGAGGAGGAUUCCUCCUCUCCAGAAUAAAGACAGGAGGAAGCCCACGUUUUAAUAUUGACGCUCAUGUGUGUUUUUAGUGUGAGCUCUUGUUUUUUAAAUGAUUGCUUCAGUCUUUGCCUUUGUUUGCACUGUGUGUUCAGUGAAAACUAGACAAACACGAUAAGCAAAUUACAUGAAGGCUGAGAUGCUUGAGAUGAAAGUUACCAUAGCGUGAAUGAAAACUCUGAUCAACAGAGCAGUAGAUCACAUCGCAAACAAAGCAUGUUUUCUGAGGAGAGAGAGGGGGAAUAAUCCCUGAAGAACUGGCAGUGCGAAUGCAGCUCAUUUAUCUUCUGUGAGGUGGGAUCUUUGUAUUCCCCACACCUGCAUAAUCGUUCUUAGGAUUGAGAUUGCUGCAAGGAACAGUUCUUGACGGUCAUGUUUCUCUCCCUUGCCUGGGCUGUCUUUUACAAGGCAGAAAUGAACACGAAAGUCUCCAGUAGGGAGACUUAUACAGUGAGGGUUAUAGAAGGCAAUCCUUGUGGCCCAAGGAGCACAGACUAAACUGCUGAACUAGUUGAAAGUCUAGUUGAGGUGCUUUACGCAUCAGCUGCCUUAGACAGCUUCUAGAAAGGAGCGAGCGCUAAUUCUUAAGUACUUAAGUGACAUUUAGAAUAAUUUAUAGUAAAACUGAAAUGAUUGUUAUUAGCCAAUGCAUUGGUGCAUAGAAUUUUCUAGGGCUACUUCUGGAAGCCAAAAUAGAAUCGCAUUUUCAUGUGCAUUAAAUACUUUGCCAGCACUGCCUUUUGCCCAGCAUUCUAAAUCUGGAGUUUUACAGAGAUGGACUUAUCUAUAGUUCUAAUCAAAGCUAUGCAUUUCAUACAGCUUUUUCAUUUAAAACAAACAAAAAAAUUCCUAUGACUGAGAUGCUUGCCUACAGUUCCCUGCAGUAAUUGUGUGAUUUCACCUUGUGUGCAAUUUGUGAAAAUGAACCGUAUGUCAUUACUUUUGUCUUAAAAGUCUAUUUCAAGAAUAUGAACAGCAAUGUUUUCUUUUACAUGUCACCUUUUUUCACAUUUGUAUUAAUCAAAAUGACCUUAUCGGUUUACCUUUAUUCCUGGUAAAUUACAUUUUAAACUAAACCAAUAUUCAGUGUUUCACAGAAACAUGGAAAAACAUUGAACACUCCAGUUGAUUGAAUAUGUAGUAGCGUGGUGUAUAGUCUGUUAUUUCACAGCCAAAGAUGCCGUUAGCACUGCUGCACUGCUGGUAUGUUCACAACUACUGCUCCUUUGAAUUGAGGAGUGUGGAGACAUCUGCCACCAUGGCCAAGCCCGGCUUAAUUUCUCAGUAAGGCCUUGAAAAGGAGCAAAUAAUAAUGGGAGGAUUAACUCUAGAAUUUUGAGUUGAGUCAUAUGGAUUUGUCCCACAAUUGUGCAUCUAGCGUCUCUGCGCCCAGCACUAAGUUUGGCCCAAUGUUUUUUUCUAAAUCCCAUGAGAGAAGUGCAGCCUCAAUCCUGUGACGCCUUUUUAAACAUCUGCCAGCAUGCUUACAGUGAGCUGGGGAUGAAAGCUUUGGCUGGCUUGAAAUUUUUAUUAAGGCCAUAAAAACUAAUAAACAAGAACAUACAACUUUAGCUUAAGCUCCUUUGAGACAAAACUUUCAUUUUGUCACAAAUAAGCCAUAGUGCAGACUCAGAGUAUUCAAGAGGGCAGGUAGAGCAAGGCAUUUUUUAGAGAAUUCUGUCAUAGUUUGAGUUCCGGAGCCCACCUUUCAGACCGGUCACAUGGGAGCAGUCCUGAACACUGCAAAGGCUGCAAAAGAUUCCCAUGGGUCCUGCAGGAGAUAUUUCUAUCCGAAAACUGUCAGCUUCACAGGUCAGGUAAAACGGGAUGUCCUUCCAAACCGUCCUUCGAGGGGCUGCUGCCGCCUCUAUUAACCCCAGUCUUUCUCAUCUCUGUACUUAAAGGGGACCUAGCAGCGACCUGGAAAGGCCAAAGGUAACAGCCACUUUUUUACUCUUCAAAAUAUUGAAUUACAGGUACUAAGAUACAUUUCAAAAUUUAAGACAGGUACAUUAAUUAUUAUAACUAUUCCUCUACUGAAUAGCAAAAUCCUUGGUAGAGUUCUUGGGAAACCAUCUCCUUUCCUAUCUCUGCUGCUGUAGUGCUUUAAAUUGAUAAAAUAUGGAUUUUUUUU